CCACCGGGAACACACUUUUUAAAUUACGGUCAAUACAAAACAUGGUGUUUCUUUUAGUCCUCGGUCUGAUCUUUGUUAUUGUAGUGAUCUUCAUGAUUAUUACACUAAAGGUUUUAGGCUUAAAGCCGCCAUUAAUUUUUGAUAAAUACCCACUGAAAGGGAUCUUCUAUCGCGUGAAGUUUUGGAUCGCUUUAUUGAUCCUUCGACGCCUGAGAUACCGUAUUUAUCGAAGGAAUGAGUUGUUGCUAGGAUCUGAGCAUCAUCUGGCUAAGAUUGAUCAACCGCAAGAGCUUAGCAACGAUCCAAAGAGCUACGACGUGGUCAGCUUUAUGGCUGCAAAUAAAGAGGGUGAAAAACUGAUGGUUACUAUGGAGAGAAGAAGGCGAGGAGUUCUGAAGGCAGCUUUGUACCUAUGGCUUCCAGAAAAGGGUUUGUUCAGUUCCCCAAACUUGCCCGAUAUGAUAUAUUUUACAACCGACGGUGGAGAGGAAAGCCGAGAGUUUCAGGGUGGAGGAUUCUAUGUUUAUCAAGAGGAAUCUAUGAAAGUUUGGCGGAUUAAGUACAAGGGCGUACUGAAGAGUAAUGGAGAGGUGGUAAAGAAAGUACCUGUGGAGCUGAACCUCCGGUUUAAGAGCUCUUCCGCCGAGUAUUUUGACUACAACCGGGAUCUCAGUUCCUCUUUGAUAGCUGACUCCAUAGCAAGAGAAGCCUGGAAUGAGAAAUUCUACAGCCUUAUGCAAAGUGUUAAGUACAUCGUGGAAAAGCGAACCCACUACGAACAGCACGGAGAGCUGACGGGAAAAAUCAACUUUAAUGGUGAGGCUCUAUCCUUAAAAAUGUUUGGCUUUCGAGAUCACAGUUUCGGGACCGAACGUUGUCUAAGCUCCAUUAACCGGUAUGUGUACUUCGCUCUGUUUAUGGAUGAUGGCAGCAGCAUGGUUGUGGGAAAUCUCAGCCAGCCAUCCUUUUUCCUAUCCUCCCUGAAGGUUGGUUACGUCUGCACUCCUUCGGGGAAUUAUCUACCACUGACUGGGAGCAAUUUCGAGCUGUAUUCUUACGGUGAAAAGGGAAUUCCUCCUCAGCACCAGAAUUUCGUUGUGCGCACCGAGGAGAAUGAAUAUCUCAUCCAGAUUCAAGUUAAGGAAUCAGCUGUGCGGUAUGUGGGCUUAAAUUGGGAGUCCAAGGUCUUCAAUCAGUUUGUGGCCUGCACGGUCAAUGGAGUUUCCGGUCAAGGACACGCUGAAUUCCUAUAUCGCUUCAGAGGCGGCAGGCCGGAUGAUAUAUCUUCUAAAGACCCCACCUGGUAUCAAAACAUAACGCGAUUUGAAAGGAGCCUGACAUUGCUGGAGCUGGAGGAUGUUGAUUUUAUCUUUUAAGAGCAUAAGGAAGCAUUUCAUUUGUUUUUAUUUUUUGUGUAAGGUGACAAAUGCACUUUAUUUAGUAAAAAAAUAUGUAAUUAAUUGGAAAUUUAAGAUCGUGAAAUGUACAUAUUUAAAAUAAGUAAUUUCAUCUAUGUAUAUAUUGGUACAACCAAAACGUGUAUCUAAUACAAUCUUUAAGUCCAAACCUUGUUUAUUUAUUCUAUCAAAUCAAAU